UGACCUGCCGAAUAAAUUGACAAUGAACAAUGAAAAAAGUAGCGCUCCUUUUUCAAUCGUUAAUGGCUAUAAAGGGGAAAGAAAAAGUUUAUCGUUUUCAAAGAAAAAAAUGAAUUUGUUGGUACCGUAUGAUCUGAAUUCAACUGAAGAAGAUACUUCAUUUCGUCGAACUAUCACUCAUCGCCGAUCCAUCGAUAGUAAUUCUUAUAACAAAAGUCGCCAUAUUGAUGAUGACCGCAACAAUAUUUGUAUUUCCGAUGUUAGCUCAAAUGCAAAUGACCAUUUAAUGGAAUCUUCAUUGUCACCGAUUCACGUAAACAAUGAUAGCGAUGUUGAAUUUAAUGAAUCAGUAUAUAAUCGAAGUGAACAUGACGAAAGAGAUUCUAAUAAUCAUUUUUUGGCCAAUCUUUCGCCCGAUAUUGAACAUCCUAAAGAGCACAAUAAAGACGAUACAUUAAGUUCAGUAAAAAGCUCUGGUCACAAAAGUUUAGGAGAUUCUACUUCCGAAUUAAUCAUAACUCGCCAAAAGAAAAAGAAACGACCAAAUCAUUUAGAUCUAAUGUUAAAAAAUGGCAAGAGUAAUGAUAAUAUUUCUCCGGUUGAUUAUGACAAUUAUUUGCGUCGAUCACAGAGAAAUCGUAUCCAACCAUUGGAUUAUUGGCGUGGCCAACGUCCAAUUUAUAAAAUGGAAAAUCGGAAAAUUAAUAACCAAAUUGUAACUAUGCCCACCGUUGUUGGCGUAGCUAAACCUCUCAGACCUCUCAUCAAACAACGUCGAGCGAAUACAAAAUCCAACCAAAGGAAAACUCAUGACGAUAAAGUUGAUAAUCAUCAUGAACAUCAUUGCGCUGAAAGACAAACUUCUUCGAAUGGCGGCCAAAAAUUUUAUGAUAUUCUAAAUCUAUCAAUUCAUUCAAAAAAAUUCAAAACUAAAUCAAUUACCGAUUGUCCAGAAUUUGUGAAAUCCUAUUCUGGACUUAUAUUUAAACCAUCAGAUAAAUCUAAAGGAAUUCAUACAGCUUUAAUCGAAAAAGAUGAUCGAGGAACAGCAUUUGGUAUGAUUCGAUUCGAACCAUUAGCAAUGAAAAAAUUAGGUCGCAAUGGUCCCUAUGCUACAUAUUUUACGGUCAUUUAUGGAACAUUAAUUUUAAAAGUUAAUGAUGAAAAUGAAACGGUGGUAAAGACUGGAUCGCAUUUUAAAAUUUUUCCUAAAGCCCAAUAUUAUAUCAAAAAUGUUCGUAAAGAUGAAGCAUUAAUACAAUUUUCGGUUAUACGAGAACAAUCAUCUAAUUGAAUAUUAUAAUCAUUUUUUUAUGAAAUUUCAU